AUGGUUUUGAAUGAUUGUGUCAAUCAUCAUCAUCAUCAUCAUUCAUCUGAAAUGUCCUUUAGAAUAACACAAGAUAGUAGAUUCUUCUCUAGACUAAUGUCCAAGGAAACUUCAAAUGCAAACUCAUCUUCAAGGAGAGUGUUUUAUUAUGGUGAAACAUCAGUUGCUGUUCCUUUCACUUGGGAAGCACAACCUGGAACACCUAAACAUCCUUUGUCAGAAACUUCUCUACCUCCUCUCACACCUCCACCUUCUUAUUCUAGUACUAAUAACUCCAAUGCUAAGAGAAGAAACUCAAAGCUCAACAUGUUUUUUACCAUUUUGCCUAGGCUUGUUGGAUCGAGGAAGUCUCAUGUGUCGCCUUCGUCGUCCUCCUCGUCUUGGUCAUCCUCGUCCUCGUCCUCGUCCUCUUCGUUUUCGAUGAGAGACGCAAGCUUAUCGAGAUCUCCUCGCGGCUCAAGGUCUUUGAAAAACAAGAUUUCAAAAAGGUUUAGAGGGUGCUAUCCUUUUGGGAGUAUGAAGAAAGUAACUGUAAGCCAUGGUGCACUUUAG